AUGUCGUACUACAAGUCCCUGGAAGGUGAUCCUGCUGCUGCAGGAGUCGCCAAUGGCAGUCCCUCCUUCACGCCAACAUCCGCCUCGACGGCAGAUCCCUCUUUUGCACCAAGAGUCGACAGGUUGCAACUUCGACAGCUGUCCCGCGCGGUGCUUCUGGUGUCUGGCAGCUUCUUUCGGGACAAGAAGAGUAGAUCGAAAGCAUGGACGUUGGCAUUCACCCUGUUGGUCACGAUGCUGCUCUUCUCGUUGAUGUCCAUGCUCUUUCUCACCACGCUACGGGAGUUCCAGAAUGCGCUGCACGACCGCGACCAAGACCAGUUCUAUGCUGCACAGCUGAAAAUUGUGAAAGUUGUCUUCAUGAUUAUGCCGGUUCUGUGCUUGCGCUACUUGCUCCGCGGCACCCUCUCAUUGGAAUGGCGGAGGUAUUUGACACACAUCCUGCUGAGUCGCUACAUCAACGAGAAGAAGCUCUACUAUCGCUUAAAACUGCUGGGUCGGAACUUGGACAACCCGGAUCAACGCAUCGCCCAGGACACAGGGGAGUUCACCGACACGAUCCUGGAGUUUGCCACGACCGUGGCACAGCAAGUGCUGCUGAUCGCGGUCCAAUCCGGUAUCUUGAUUUCCAUCUCCCAUGACUUGUUCUACUUCAUUGUGAUAUAUUCCUUGGUCCUGAACGUGCUGUCCUUCGUGGUCUUUGGGGGGGCCCUUCACGCGGCUGCGUCGAGGCGUGUUGGCACAAGAGGCCUCCUUCCGCUUCACUUUGGUCCGGGUGCGCGAGCACGCUGA